AUGGCGGCUUCAGGAGAGAGAGGGACUUUGGGCGGCGGAGGCAGCACGGAGGAAGCAUUUAUGACCUUCUACAGUGAGGUGAAACAAAUAGAGAAGAAAGACUUGGUUCUAACAUCCAAAAAUCAGACUGAAAGACUGACCAGUCCUAGUUCCUCUUACUUCAAUUUGAACCCAUUUGAGGUUCUUCAGAUAGAUCCUGAAGUUACAGAUGAAGAAAUAAAAAAGAGGUUUCGGCAGUUAUCCAUCUUGGUGCAUGCUAACAAAAAUCAAGAUGAUGCUGACAGAGCACAAAAGGCUUUUGAAGCUGUGGACAAAGCUUACAAGUUGCUACCGGAUCAGGAGCAAAAGAAGAGGGCCCUGGAUGUAAUUCAGGCAGGAAAAGAAUACAUGGGACACACUGUGAAAGAGCGAGAAAAACAAUUAAAGAAGGAAGGAAAACCUACGAUUGUAGAGGAGGGUGAUCCUGAGCUGUUCAAACAAGCUGUAUAUAAACAGACAAUGAAACUCUUUGCUCAGCUGGAAAUUAAAAGGAAAGAGAGAGAAGCCAAAGAGAUGCAUGAAAGGAAACGACAAAGGGAAGAAGCUAUUGAAGCUCAAGAAAAAGUCAAACGAGAAAGAGAGUGGCAGAAAAACUUUGAGGAAAGUCGAGAUGGUGGUGUGGACAGCUGGCGAAACUUCCAAGCCAAUACAAAGGGGAAGAAAGAGAAGAAAAAUCGGACCUUCCUGAGACCACCGAAAGUAAAAAUGGAGCAGCGUGAGUGA